AGCAGCAUUCACAAGUCAAACUCUGUCUCAUGUCAACGUUUCAUUUCGUCUCCCAGAAGGUCUCCAAAUAUCAGACCUUAUGUAUCAGACCAUCGAGAUAUACAGCUUGGGCUCCUUCCUUGUGGACACACACCUUUGAGGAGCUCGUCUAUGGGGAUAAUGCGCUGGACUAUGGAGACCCAUGGUCGCUCACCUUCAGCUACAAACAGACAGACAAAUUAUCCAAGAAGGAAAAUAAGAGAGGCUGGAAGGUCUUCUUCCACUGCGCUUAUGGAAAUUUUCAGUGUGCAUCCUGCAGGAGGAUCUGGCCUUCGGUGCGUGUGGUGCUUUUGUUCCGUUAUCGGCUGAGAGGCGGUAAGGGGGCGGUGACCAUGCGGCCUUUUGGACAAGCCUGCCGGCGAUGCCAAGACGAUAAUUUUCAUCUCCCCGGUUUUUACAAGGAAGAGGCGAAAGAGGCUCUGCUCAGAUUGUUUUCUGAAAUCCGGAAGAACUGCUAUGGAGUGGAGGAUGAAAAUGAAGAAGGUGACUCAGGCGCUACAAGACGGAGGUCCAAACCCCACGAAAAAACCCUGUGUGAGGCCUGUUGUUUUGGCUUGUGCUGUCAGGAUGAUCAGAAUGAGAAGUAGUGUGUGUGUGUGUGUGUGUGUGUGUGUGUGUGUGUGUGUGUGUGUGUGUGUGUGUGUGUGUGUGUGUGCAACAGCGAGGUGUAAGGAGAGUGGCAGUCUGGUUGUUUGCUGUUUCCUUGAGAUCUUUCUUUUCUAGUUUACACACAAAAGUUUCCUUAAUGAGCUGGUUUAUUCAUCAUUAUCUAAGUUAUUGAUAAUAAUAAGGAAUAUGUAAACCUUCAUGAGCAAUAAUAAGAUUUCAUGACUGUUGUGUGUUUAUUUUGGGCUUUGUGCAACCUGAAGGAAGGUGUGUCCUGAUUAUUUUCUUGGGUUGUUUGGUGUGAUGUCUUGAGGUAUAAUCCAAAAAUUGCAGUUACUGUACUUUUACUUGAAUUGGUUUAUGAGGAGGGAGGAGGCUGGGGCAAACCCAGGACACGCUGGAGAGAUUAUAUCUCUCAGCUGGCCUGGGAACACCUUGGUGUUCCCCCGGAUAAGCUGGAGGAGGUGGCUGGGGAAAGGGAGGUCUGGGCUUCUUUGGUUUGGCUGCUGCCCCCGCGACCCAGCCCCGGAUAAGCGAAAGAAGAUGGAUGGAUGGAUGGGUGGUUUAUCGGUAUUACGUCAUCAUUCCACUCAUCUGAUGCUUUUUUUUCCUCACCACAUUUAUUUGUUACGUUUAGCAGACAAAGGUUUCACAUGAAAAAUGUGAAACAUGUGAUGCUGAUAUAUUAAAACAGGAGUUUUAACGAUGCCGUGAUAUCGUUUCACUACUCAUGGGUCAGAAUGACUUAGACACUUACAAGCAAAUUUCAGAUUGGCCCCAAAUUCUCACAACAUAAUAAACUAAUUAAAGAUGUGUGCAAACUAUAUGUGUGCCUACAUUGCAUGCUCAAAAACACAGAGUGGUUACAUCAAAUAGUACUUUGAUCUAGUUUUUUUCCUGUUAGCUGCACUUUGAGUUAAAAUCUAUGCAUAUACAGUGGCUUGCAAAAGUAUUCGACCC